CGGAGGCCAGGGGGUGGGCUUAGUGCAUGCAUUGGCUAGCUAGCUGCUCCCUCCUCUCCUCUCCACCGUAGAUAGAGCGUUCGCCUUUUCUUGGGUUCUUCACUGAUCUAGAUAGCUUCCAUCUUUUUGGUUCACUUCCUCUUCUUGCACCUUCUCGAUCUCUUCUCGAUCUAAUUAAACCCACCGAUCGAUCGAUCCUAGCUAGCAUCCUUGUUGUUUUUCCUUCGCAAGGAUCUAGCUAGUUCUUGCACAGAUUUCAUCCAAAACUAAUAGGGUUUCUUCCAUCCCUCUUUGUUUUUCAUCUCGUCGUUUAAUCUCAACAAGAAACUUGUUGCUCUUGAUUCUUCUCCUCCUAUCUACUCAAAUCAGAUAUGGAGAACGUUCUCCUGGAUCGUUCUUCCGCCGGAAGCUUCGAGUACCCAAAGAGGGGCGUCUAUGGCGGGAGGCCGGCGGCGAGGCCGCACGGCGCUUACGGCUCCUCCCGUACGUGCCCGCAGUACCAUCACUUCCAGAAAAGCGGCGCAUGGAACUCCGCCCCCGCUCCCGCGGUCCCGUACGCGUACGCCAGGCCGCCGAUAUACUCCUCGCCGUCUCUCCCUCUCCUGCCGUCCAACCAGCCACCCCUCCUGCCGCUCCCACCCACCGCCACCAAGUACGCCACUUUCUCCUACCCACCCCCGCCAACACCGCCACGUACCGUCAGGCCGGCGGCGCCCACGGCCGUCGCGCCGGCAGCGGCGCCCCCUGCGUCGUCGCGCCAGCUGAGCCAGAGAGACAGGAGGAGGAGGCCGGCUAAGCCGCCGGCCGCAGAACCAGCAAGGGAGCAGAAAAAGAAGAAGCCGCUGGAGCGGGCGACGCCACUGCCGCCCGCGCCGGCGGUGACCGAGGCGCUAGACGACCUCGAGCAGGAGCUGGCCCGGAGCUGCGUGCAGGACCUGCUGCACGCGCUGGCCCCGCCGCCCAGCAGCCUGCCGCUGCCCAAGUUCUCCCUCGUCGUCAAAGCGUCUCCACACUCCGCCACGGCCGGCAACAAGGUGGCGCCGGCCGCCCCGUCCUGCAACGCGGAGGCCGCCGCCGCCGCCGGCCUCCGCCGCCUCCUCCGCCUCUAGGAUCAUGACAAUCACCCUGCCGCGCCGCGUACGCACGUACGUACGUGAUCUCGGCGUACCGAACGUUUCUACUGUUAUUAAUUUCCCUCCAAUACUAUUAUUUCCUGGCUGGGAAAAUACGUACUACCAAAAGUAGUGUAGAAGACAAAGAAAGAAGAGUUGUGUGAUGCUCGAGCGAUGGUCGGUGGCGUGACCGUGAUGUGGCCGUCAGAUAUGGACGCGGUGCCAAAUGGGGUCCAGCCGUCGAUCGAUAUUCAGGUGAAGAAGAUGAUGUUGAUUAAGCUUUAAUUGUGUGGUACCAGUACUAGAUUUCUAGGGUUUACUUACGUUACGUGCCUGCGUGCGCGCGUAUGCUCUUGUUCUUGAUUGGGUGAUGUGUUUUUUGAAUUACCUUGUAUCAAGAGAUUAAUUACUCUAGUAUAAUAUAUGUGGUGAUGUUUAAGUGACUUAAA